AUGGAGAAAGAGCACAUACUGAAGAGAUUGAAAAGCAAAAUCAUUGAAAAGAUCAACAUGAGAGCAGUGGAGAAGGAGCUACACGAGGAUACAAAGACAAGUAAGAGUGUGAAUGAAGAACAUGCGAUUGAAGCAGAUCGAAGGAAAAGCCUACUGAAGAUUGCAUCGAGUGUCGAGAUUAUACCGUUGGAUGCAUGGCCGAAUGGAUUUGAUAUGUCGAUACUACCUACGAAUCCUACAGACAUCCAGAAGAUUGUUAUUCCAUAUAUUUUUGCCAAACAGAGCUUCAAUGCAACCUCGGAGACAGGUAGCGGAAAGACUUUAUCUUAUGUUUUGCCGUAUGUGAAGAUUCUGCAGGAAGAGUUUUCUCGGCUGCUUGUGAUUGUUCCGACAAGAGAGCUUGUUGGACAGGUUUCCAAACUAUUUGCAAAGUUUUCACUGGACUCUCUCAGGAUCGUUGAGGUGACGGGAGGAUCUAGCGUAGAUAUUCAGAGGCUUAAGCUUUCUGAUGGGUUUUCGGUAGUUGUUGGAACACCUGGAAGGCUACGAGAGUUGAUGGAGGCGAGAUGCUUUGGGAAGAUUGACUAUUUGGUUAUUGAUGAAGUUGAUAAGGUGAUGUCGUAUGGGCUGAAGGAAGAUGCAGAGUAUGUUUUGAAUGUGGCUGAGGUAAGAAUAGUAGGGUUGUUUUCUGCAACGCCUUUUGAGUAUCCUGGAAUAGCAAGGAUUGUUAUUGGGGAUGCUUCUGUAAGUAGCAAUGUAUGCGAAUUUUUUGAGUAUGUGAAGAGGAGCGAAAGGCUCAAGGUUCUCAGGCAAAUAUUAUCUGGGGAUCAUUUGGUGGAUACAGGGAAGAAAGGGGCCGACAGUGGAAGGCAGGGAAUGAAGGUGAUUGUAUUUUGCAAUACGAUCCGAAUGUGUGACUAUCUCAACCGAAGGAUUAAUGAAUCUGUGGUGCUGCAUUCGAAGAAGAGCAUGGAUGAAAGAAGAAAUGCAGUGAAGAGGAUGGAUAGUGCACCAGGGGUUCUUAUAGCCACAGACUUGGGAGCAAGGGGUGUUGAUAUCAAGGACAUUGAUCUUGUAGUGAACUAUGAGUUUCCUAGUACGAUUGAGACGUAUAUACACAGAUGCGGUAGAGCAGGAAGGCAAAGGAUGGGGAUGUCGCUGUCUAUGAUUGAUGAAGAGGACAAGAUGAUGUUUAGGAAGAUAAAGAGACAUAUUGUAGGAAGAGGGAAGGAGGUGCCUGUUUUUCUAGAGGUUGAUGAUGAUGCGAUGCUUGAUUGA